AUGGCCUCGGCGACUUUUGACUCUGAACAGCGGAAGCUGCGGCAAAACCUCACCCCUCCUGCCUCUCAGCCAGACACGGUAUCUUUGCAGAAGGAGGCCCUCUUAGCUAUUGGAAAAUCCAGCGACACAGCGAUUUGCAUUCCCUCUGAUGUCGAGUCUGAUACUGAAGAUGAAAAUGACAAGGGUCGAGAACUCAACAACCUGCAACCUUACGCAACACGUGUCAGCACCCCGGACUAUCUGGAUCUCACCAGCACCGAACAUGGCACAACUGAAUCAGAAGCUGCCAUUAGCGUAGUCAUUGCGCCAAUAGUACCCCCAGCUCAAGCGGAAGUCGCCCCAGCUUGGCCGAAUGAGAUACAAGCGUCUCACCUCGCUGAUGCUGAACCGAGCCAGCAAUCUUCUUGUGUCAAUUUUGCAACGCCUCCUACUAGCCCUGAAAGCCAGCCAUACCCAGUUGCGGCAAGCGGGCAACAGCUUCGACCCGUACCAGCCAGUCAACAGAGCAACAUGAUGGUCGAUGCUGUCUUUGACCAUGACGCUUGUCAUAGCGCCCAGGGUCAUCCGGAUUCCCCCUCAACUUGCACACACUCUCCGCGUACUGCCAGCCCCGUCGAGGUGGUCCAGGCAUCACUCCAGGAAAGCGAAAUACCCGCCGGCAAUUCGUCUGACGAUGCCACCCCUGGAGCCCGCAAUCCAUCCCUGACAGCAAGGAUGUCACCCGAACCGCAUCGGGGACAAGACUUGGGCGACGCAAGCUGCGGGUCCAGCGAUCCCGAGUCCGAGGCCGUGGAUGGUGGACUCGGAUCGCCGGACAAGGCCCGGCCAUCUCCCCAGUUGCCGUCCCCGCGCCGUUCUUAUCGCAGACCCCCACAUGCGCAUACAACAGGGCAAGAGGAGGACAGUGACGCAGGUGCUGAAAGCUCCGGCAGUGAGGAUGGCCCCGAUGUUCUAGAAUAUGCGCGUGACGAGGACUAUUGUCCUUCGCCUCCAGAGGUUCAAGGAUCUGGCUCGGAAGACAAUGAUGUCGACGAUGAAGAACAUCAAGAUCACAAACGUCGCAAAGUCUCUAAGUCUCCUUCCUGUUCGACACACAAUGCGGCUACCAGUGCCCGGGAUUCUCGUCGAAGGAGGCGAUCUACAAGAGCUUCCGCACACUCAUUGAGGGAGCGCGACACAUCGGCACUCGGCUUGUCAAGUCCAACACCACCGCGUGCAAGAUCUGUUCCCUCCGAGGCCAGUGCGGUUCUUGCUCGGUUUCAGGAAUGGCCGCUCGAGAACGCUUCAAUGAAACGCGUUACCGAAAAUGGCAAGACUACGUUUCAAUUCCAGUUUGAUUGGCCCCUUUGCACAAAUCACCCAAAUGCCGCCGGUAUGAUGCCCGAUUCAACCCGCUCGGUCGCGACAAGGAAAACAACCAAGCGAGCCCCUGUAGGACGGGCUAAGUAUUCAGACGAUGAAGAUAGCUUCCUCAUACAACUGAAGGAAGAGGAGCAGCUUGGGUGGGCGGAGAUUCGUCGGCGUUUUGUUCAACGUUUCCCCGAACGAGGCGGCUCGAGUCUACAAGUGCACUACUGUACGAAACUCAAGGAUCGUGGGAGAACUUGA